AUGCCAAGUGAAGAAAACAUAAAAGGAUCUUUUGUGGAAAUGUUUAUAUCCACGAAAGUUACAAGUAAAGAUAUGGAACAAUUAAAUCCAGUUUUACCACAAGCAAAAAAAUUCUUUUACGGCUUUGGUCAUAUUCUCAACGAUUUAAUGGUAACCUGGUUCAGUUAUCUUUUAUUGUACAUGACGAAAGUAGCUGGACUAUCCGAAUCAAAUGCCGGAUUAGUAAUGCUAAUUGGUCAAUUGUCAGAUGCUUUAGGCACGCUAGCAACGGGUUACCUUUGUGAUAAAACAAAGAUUACAUGGUAUGGAAAACGAAAAUUUUGGCAUGGCAUCGGAACUUUAGCCGGUGUAAUCGCUUUUCCAUUUGUUUUCAAUACGUGUAUUAAUUGCAACGGUUCAGGAGAGAAGAUAAAACUAGCUUACUACUUAGCUUUCAGUAUUAUGUUUGGAAGUGACUGGGCCGCAACUCAGAUAGCCCAUCUGUCUUUAAUCCCUGAAAUUACUUCCAAAGAAAGUCAAAGAGUAGAGCUAAAUGCCAUAAGAUCUGGGUUCAUAUUUGCUUGUGGUAUAUUUAUUUAUGGUGCAACAUGGUUGUUACUCGGUACAGCAGAUGGAAACAUGAUUGAUCCUUCUGUGUCUAAACAAUUCACGGUAGGUGGAAAUUUUAUGUUAAGGACUCUUCUGUUUUAUCUUCCAUGUUGGUACAAAGGAAAAACGUUAUGUAAAAACAUUGAAAGUCAUAAUUUUUUCCAUUUUUUGUGUAAAGGUAAAAUAGAUAAGCUUUCAGUUGAGAUCAGCGGUUCUGAAAAUGCAGUAGAAAUUGUUGUCGGUAAAGAAGAGAAAAGCAUAACAUGGAAAGCUUGGUUAAAACACAGUCAAUUUUACAAGGUUGCACUGAUGUAUGUGACAGCGAGACUAGCCAUCAGUGUUUUCCAAUCUUAUUUUGCAUUGUACCUAACUGAUGCUUUACAUCUGAAAAAGGAAGCUAUCGCUUACUUUCCAUUAAUUGUACUUAUGGCUGGAUCUAUCACAACCUUCUUUAUUAAGUUUGUUACAAAAAAGAUUGGCGGUCAGUGGACGUACACCUUGGGUGCUUUAAUGAUUGUAGGAUCAAGCAUUUGGCUAUUUAUUGUUGAUAAAAAGCAUACGAAAUCUGUUUAUGGAGUAGCUUGGUUGGCGGGACGUGGUAACUCUGUUAUUUUGGUUACAUCCCUUGCUAACAUGGCUGAGCUGAUUGGUACCAAUAAGGUAGCAACAAUGACUUCCGACUUUGUGUUGUUUUUACUAACUGUUUUGAUUUCGAAUAUAUUAUAAGUUAUUUUUUCCUUACUUCCUAGAGAUCAAGUGGUUUUGUGUACUCUGCAAUUAGCUUUAUAGAGAAGCUGUUGGUUGGAACGGUCAUUUUUUCAUUCAAACUGUAAGGCCAAAUGUACGAU